AUGAGACGAGACCGUGAAAACGGAGAAGAGAGGUCCGAGAGAACGCAACGACCCGUCAUCAUAGGCCCCACCCCAUUCCACUAUUCUAUCCUCGAGGUCCGGUUGGCAAAGCACUUUGACAAACCAACGGACAUGAGGUAUGACGGGACACAAGACCCGCAGGAGCACCUCACGGCCUUUGAGGCCCGAAUGAACCUAAAGGGAGUGGGAGACGAGGUAAGGUGUCGCGCUUUCCCGGUCACCCUGGCAGGCCCUGCGAUACGGUGGUUCAAUAGCCUCCUACAGGGCUCCGUGGCCGGUUUCUCGGACAUCAGUCGCGCCUUCUUAGCACAAUUCACCACCAGAAUCGCGAAGGCAAAACACCCGAUCAAUCUGCUCGGCGUCACUCAGAAAGCUGACGAGACGACCAGAAAAUACCUAGAUCGCUUCAAUGACAAAUGCUUGGAAAUAGAGGGGUUAACGGAUUCGGUGGCAAGUCUAUGCCUGACCAAUGGACUUCUCAACGAGGAUUUCAGAAAGCAUCUCACUACUAGGCCAGUCUGGAUGAUGCAAGAGAUCCAAAAAGUGGCACGCGAAUACAUUAACGAUGAGGAAGUCAGCCAAGUUGUGGCUGCCAACAAGCGGCAACCCUCCUACACUCAGCCCAGGCAACAUGGCAACGGAGAACAAUAG